AUGGCCAUGGCUGAGCGGCCACGGCCCGGGUGGGCUUCGUAUCACAGCUCCAACACCAACAGUUGUCAGGACCUGGGCAACUCCAUCCUGUUGCUCCUGGGCCUCAUCAUCUGCAUUAAUAUUAGCAUCAAUAUGGUGACGCUGCUCUGGCGCCGGCUCCGUGGCUUCUUACACCAAGUGUUCCAUAUUGUUUAUGAGAAAGAAGCUUCUAAGUCAUCCUCACCGGGGAAGCAGCCCCAGCCUCCGAAGCAGAGCGCCCCUGCAGUCCACCUCCGAUGCACCGUGGACCCUGUGAAAAUGACUGUGACCCCCCCACCCACUCGCCACCACCGCCACCGGGGCUCUUCCGGCCGCCGUGCCCACCGCCCGGUAGCCUGGGCCCCUGACACGGACGACGACGAGAAGCCCCCACACCAGCACCCGGCAGUGUGCUCCCACCACUGGGAUCAGCCGGCAGACUGGCAGGGCUUCCAGUCCAGCCAGGGCUUCUGGGCUCCCUGGCCCCAGGAUGCCGUGGAGCCCCCUCCCCAGACCAUUCGCUUCCAGCAGACCGUAGAAGGAAGGCCCCUCAAAGGAGAGAUGCGGUCAGAGCUGGGCCUCGAGGCCUACGUGUACCCGGUGAACCCCCCGCCCCCGAGCCCACAGGCCCUGAGCCACAAGAACAGUGGGGCGGGGGCCCAGGCCGAGCUGGAGGCGUGCGCCCCCUCCCCGCCGGCCCCGCCGCCCGUCCAGGGCCCAGCCAUUGUCCCUGACAUCCCCCGGCGCCGCUCCUCGGGCCGCGUGGUCUACGACGCCCGAGACGUGCGGCGGCGGCUCCGGGAGCUGACCCGCGAGGUGGAGGCCCUGUCCCACUGUUACCCCCUGGGCUCCCCAUCCAGCAACGUGGCCGAGGGCACGGGCAAGGACUGGGUGUACCGUUCUGUGGCAGAGAGGUGA